CAAAAGAAAAGAUAAACGAAAUCAUUAAACUCGUCGACGAGGUUGAAGAAACAAAGAGAGAGAUAGCAAAAUGGAAUGGAGGAAAUGGUACUUAGACGUGAUUCUUGUGCCAUUAGCUCUAGUGAUGAUGCUUUGUUACCACAUCUACUUGUCCUUCAUGGUUCGAACCCAUCCCUUCUCCACUGUCCUCGGCAUCAACUCUCGCGGCCGCCGGAUCUGGAUUUCCUCUAUGAUCAAGGAGAAUCAGAAGAUGAACAUAUUGACGGUACAAACACUCCGUAACGUAGUAAUGGGAGCUACACUGAUGGCUACGACCUGCAUCCUCCUCUGCGCCGGUUUAGCCGCAGUCAUAAGCAGCACUUACAGCAUCAAGAGGCCCCUAAACGACGCCGUUUAUGGAGCACAUGGAGAUAUCGCCAUAGCCAUCAAAUACCUAACGAUUCUCACAAUCUUCAUCUUUUCUUUCUUCUCACAUUCUCUCUCCAUCCGCUUCCUCAACCAAGUCGCCAUGCUCGUUAACAUCCCUAACUUAUACCCUAAUCCCUCUGGUGACUUGUUCCUCACGUCUGAGUAUGUCUGCGAGUUGUUUGAUAAGGGUUUCUUUCUCAGCACGGUAGGCAACAGGUUCUUCUACGCAGGGUUUUCUCUGAUGUUAUGGAUCUUUGGUCCCAUCCUCGUGUUCUUGAGCGUUUUGGUGAUGAUGCUUGCUCUUUAUCACGUAGACUUUGUGUCACUCAGCAACAAAAAAGAGAAACAACGUAUAGUGGAUUGUCCUCGCGCCUCUGAUCCUCCAAAUGGUGGUGGUGAUGCAUAAUACAUUUCCAAAUGUAAAAAUGUGAAAUUUUGGAAAACAAUAAUGCAUGGAGAAUUUAAGCAUCACUACUUAUUUUGUUAUUCAUAAUUAUGCAUGUGUUAACAAGAACUGAGUUCGAGUUUUAUUAUUUACUAUAGUGAAUAAGUAUGUAGAUCGUAAAUUUAAGAAAACUAAAAGUCCACUUGAUUGGAAUGUUCUAGUUAAUGACUUUAAGAAAGUAAUUUAGAAUACUUCUGGAUUCUAUUUUCUGAUCUAAAUAACUUUUGUUUUUUUAAUAUACAUUUCCUAGUUUGAUUCA